CUCAGGCGAAAAAGAAAAAAAGAAACGUCGACUGUUGUUUGUUAUCGGUUGGAUUAUUUUUCUAGUAGAUUAUUUUAUCACUCUGUAAACAUGGAGGACGACGUUCUUACAACGCUGAAAAUAUUGAUCAUCGGAGAAAGUGGUGUUGGAAAGUCAAGUCUUCUGCUGCGAUUCACAGAUGACACAUUUGAUCCAGAACUUGCAGCUACAAUUGGUGUGGAUUUUAAGGUGAAGACCCUCACGAUCGAUGGUAACAAGGCAAAACUUGCAAUUUGGGACACUGCCGGUCAGGAGCGCUUCCGCACACUCACGCCCAGCUACUACAGAGGAGCUCAGGGAGUCAUCCUGGUCUAUGAUGUCACAAGAAGAGAUACGUUUGCCAAACUAGACAACUGGCUGAAUGAGCUGGAGACGUACUGCACACGAAAUGACCUGGUGAAGAUGCUGGUGGGGAACAAAAUCGACAAAGAAGGCCACGAAUUGGACAGAAGCGAAGGACUCAAGUUUGCACGCAAACAUUCCAUGCUGUUUAUAGAGGCGAGUGCGAAGACAAAAGACGGGGUCCAGUGUGCGUUUGAGGAGCUUGUGGAGAAGAUCCUCCAGACCCCGGGCCUGUGGGAGAGCGAGGGGAGAGGCGGCGUGCGGCUGUCCGACGAUGAGGAUGUGGCGCCGGGGGCAUGCGGGGGCUACUGCUCCCUCGUCUAGUGCCUCCACCUCCACCACCAUCACCACCACACAUUAUCGCGUACAUCUAGGAAACAGACAUCUUCUAAAAAGGGAAAACACUUCACACGUGCAUAGCCUCUUUUCUUGGGCAGGUACGUCUCACAGGCAUGCAAGUGCUUACCUACAGACAA